GAGAUGGGAAUCAGACCUUAAAUUCCACUCAAUCGAUCAAGUUGCAAAGCAAUCAGAGAGAAAACUCACCGGAAAAUUGCAGUUUUGAAAGUUAACAAGCUGAACAGGAGGUGUAGACUCAUAGCAUGUGUGUGGUGACUUCAAAAUGGGCAAAAAAACAGCUCUUCUCGUGGUGCUUACCAGUGUGGUGGUGGUGGGAUUAUUCACAACAUCCCAGGCAUUCAUAGCUAGUAACAUUCAUAUGUGUCCACAUUCCUUAGCCAACGAUACCCAGGAUGCCUUCGGCUUGUCCAACAGGAGUGCCUAUGUUCAGCUUGGACAAACCCACCGAAUCCCAUGUCUCCCUUACUCUCAACGGGAAGGUGAAUCUCCAUUCAUUGUCUGGUACAAAUUAAAUGAAAGCACUAACAUCGGAGAAAAGGGAAAAGAGAGGCUAGUAAGCUACAACCGAAAAGAAAUUCCAGGCAAACAUGGCCCAAGAUAUUCCCUCGCAUAUGAUUUCGGCCUCCUCAUUAAAGAUGUUGAGGAGAGUGAUGGUGGCAAAUACAUGUGUGAAGUCAUCUGGCGUGACACGGAGUACAUCAAACAAGAAGAGACAAUCAACAUUCAAGUUAUUGGACACACUUUUCCACAUGGAAGUGAGGCAGUCGGUGAGGAAUCGCCCCCUUCUCGUCUGGAGCAGGGGCGGAGACACACUCUACAGUGUGGGUGUGCAUCACAGACACCAGACACAUGGGACUCUGUAGUGUAUUGGUCAAUGGGAGAAGGCAUCACUACAGAUACACAGAUCAUUGGUGCGCGUUUCUCCGAUGGUACUACCCUGCAGAUUCAACAUGGCGCCGAUUACAGCAUUGGUAGCGACACUUCACUUACAAUCAACUCCCUGAAUGACCUACAAGAUACACAGAGAUUCUGGUGUCAUGUGUUCCAGUCAAAUGGCACACUCCGUAGAUGUUCCACUGACGUUCAGAUCUUACAAGAUCAAAAUUCUAGUUUUGUCCCGAUCGCAUCGUCAAAAGAGUUCUACCUUUCAGAAGGACAUCCGCAAGUUCUGCCUUGUAGAAGCUGGACGCCUGGUGACGUGAUGUGUGAAGUCCGAUGGAUUCAUGAGCCAAGUCAACGCGUCGUCUUCAGUUACAACUUGUCUACUGACACCGUCGAGGCUGAUUCUGACUACGAUCUUGCCAGUGACUUUGGUCUACUCAUCAAAUCAGUGAAUCACAUCCAUGGUGGACGCUACACGUGCAACAUUCUCGAUGGUUUGGGAAACACGCUCUUGAAAGGAGCUAUUGACACAUAUGUGAUUGGCAAGCCCGUUGUGUCGGAUGUGUGUGCACCCCUCCCCUCCCCCCUCCCCCAAAAGAGUGCAUUCAAUAUUUCGAGGCUGGAGAGUCCAAAGGAAGCAGUCAGGGCACUGCUAAUUUGAGGUUACUUGCACUUGUCGUCAUACUGGUACCAGCUUUUGCAGUCGUGCUGUUGUGUCUGCGGUACAGAAAAAAACGGUCA